AUGGCUUCAAGAGGCUUCUCCAAAUCCCUGCGCGCCGCUCGCCAGCUGGCCGCUCCCCGUGUGCAGCAGCGCUCCUUCACGGCCGCCAGACAGAUGGUUCGUGCGGCCACGGCUGCUCGUCCCGCCGUCGGCGCCCGUGUCCAGCAGGUCCGCGGCGUCAAGACCAUCGACUUUGCCGGUCACAAGGAGGAUGUCUACGAGCGCUCUGACUGGCCUCAGGAGAAGCUUCUCGACUACUUCAAGGACGACACUCUGGCGCUCAUUGGCUACGGCUCUCAGGGGCACGGCCAGGGUCUCAACCUGCGCGACAACGGCCUCAACGUCAUUGUCGGUGUUCGCAAGAACGGAAAGUCGUGGAACGACGCCGUCCAGGAUGGCUGGGUCCCCGGCAAGAACCUGUUCGAGGUCGACGAGGCCAUCUCCCGCGGCUCCAUCAUCAUGAACCUGCUGUCCGAUGCCGCCCAGUCCGAGACUUGGCCCGCCAUCAAGCCCCAGCUCGUCAAGGGCAAGACGCUGUACUUUUCGCACGGCUUCUCCCCAGUCUUCAAGGACCUCACAAAGGUCGACAUCCCCAGCAACAUCGAUGUCAUUCUCUGCGCCCCCAAGGGCUCGGGCCGCACUGUCCGAUCUCUGUUCCGCGAGGGCCGCGGCAUCAACUCGUCCUUUGCCGUCUUCCAAGACGUCACCGGCAAGGCCAAGGAAAAGGCCGUCGCCAUGGGCGUCGCCAUCGGCUCCGGCUACCUGUACGAGACCACCUUUGAGAAGGAGGUCUACUCGGACCUGUACGGCGAGCGCGGCUGCCUGAUGGGCGGCAUCCACGGCAUGUUCCUCGCCCAGUACGAGGUUCUGCGCGAGCGCGGCCACAGCCCCAGCGAGGCCUUCAACGAGACGGUCGAAGAGGCCACCCAGAGCCUGUACCCGCUGAUUGGCGCCAACGGCAUGGACUGGAUGUUCGAGGCCUGCUCCACCACGGCCCGCCGCGGCGCCAUUGACUGGACCCCCAAGUUCAAGGACGCCCUCAAGCCCGUCUUCAACAGCCUGUACGACGCCGUCAAGGACGGCUCCGAGACCAAGCGAUCCCUCGACUACAACGGCCAGGCCGACUACCGCCAGAGGUACGAGGCCGAGAUGGAGGAGAUUCGAAAUCUGGAGAUUUGGAGAGCCGGCAAGGCUGUUCGAUCUCUGCGACCCGAGAACCAAAAAUAG